AGUCACAGUCGAGAUUCCGUUGAAGGUGGUAGGACUCGUAUAAGUCCUUAAGAGAGCUGUUAGUGGGAAUUUUAUUGGUGUUUCCCAUCAAAUUCACCCUCGAGUGUUGUGUUUUUGCUAUUUUGAGCAUCAUGGUAGAAAUUUUCUGCGUGAAUUGUGCCCUCGAUUUCUGAUUUGGGGUGAAGCCGGGUGGGCGAUAGAGUGUCAAAAAGGAGUGAUUUGUGGGUGGAAAAGUCAUCUUGUUUUGAAUUUUUCACAAUUUCUCUCAAGUACCAUGGACAUAGAAGACUUAUGAGCUUUCACUUUGCGUGGGUGAUUUAGAAUAUCAAGCAUCGUCUUCGGCAUCUGCUCCAAAGACGAAUAUCUUGGCACGCACGCAGCGCUGAGUUAUUGAUUGGCGGUAUCCAAUAUAAUAAAUUUCAUGUGUAAAUAUUUGAUAAAGCGUGUGGGUACAAUUAAAAAGGAGACGGAAAAUAUCACAUCAUAAGAUUCCAGUGAAAUUUAACACUUUAUGUGCUAUAAUAAUUUUUAUGAGGUUGUGUCAAAACUAACAAACUUUGCUAUUGAAUGUGUUGAGAUUUUGUUGUUGUUGUUGUUGUGGAGCAAUUUCCCACCCCUAACGAUGUGGGCGAGUGAGGAGAAAAUUCACAAUCACCACACCUAUUAAAUCAUCCCUAGUGUGUCUCACGUUUUCCCAUCAUCAUCAUCCUGCCAUCAUCUUUCACCAUUAAGUGGACGUGAAAUUUUAAUGUGGACGAAAAAAUAGACAUACGAGGACAAGCGACAACAUAUAUAUUUUUGGGGUUGGAAAUAGAAUGUCAACUGAAGAGAUAUCUCAAUUAAUUUUUACGCUAGAAGCUGAUGUGUGACAACAGUGCCAACAGUAGGGACACAUUGCAAAAUAUUGCAUCAAAACAGCAUCAAUGCUUCAACUGCAAAUGCGAUAAAAAAACCACAGCGAAUGAUUUUCGGCUCUAUAUGGAUUUCGGUACAAUAGUUAUUUUCCCGUAAAUCAUCUGCAGAGAAUUCACAAAGCAAGGAUUGAAAAAAAAAUAACAACCGGUGAAAAAUCAAUUUUGAGCGCAUUUCGCUCAGAAGAAUACAACACAAAGUUAUCAACUUUUUAUGCACAUCUGUAUAUCCUCAUCUCACAAGUUCGAAAAAAAAUACCUUUUCAUUCUUCCAACAUAAAUGAAAAUCCCUUCAGCACUACGAUAAGAGAUACAUAGAAAAAUUUUUCUGCGAAUGAAGAGAGAAAAAUGUGAAUUUUCCACAGUCUGUGGUGAGCUUUUUUUUGCCAAAGUGCGCCAUCCUCUUGUCGACAUUGCACCCAGGCAGCACAUUUUGACGGAGCGUUAGGAACGUGAUCACACAAUGCAAGUUGAAUAAAAAUGCACGGAUAUCCGGUAAUGCAAGUGGUUCAAUACAGUGUUCCCCCUUGUACCUGGGGCCCACCAACAGAUCCACACCGUCCACAGUCAAUCGCACCACAUUCAGCUGGGAACCGGAAAUACAUAGCUUGGUGUGCCAUUUGUGGCAUUUCGUCAUCUCUCGUGGGGAUGCUCUUCCUUCCCGUGCACUUCACCUUGAGGACACAUACUAGCACCAUGUCAUACUUUGAAACAAUCCCAACUUUUGUUCCUGCAACUCUGCUAAUGUUGACGGGAUUGUGUGUUAUCAGUUUAGCUAAAAGACGCAAUCGCUACAGUUACUUGAUUAAAUUAACAGGAGCCUGUGCAUUAGCUUCAGCUCUCACGUGUGCCCUGGUGACCGUGACGACAACUGUUCUCCACAUGAGUCGCCUUCAGGCGCUACGGGAGUGUGAGUAUCAGGCGAAGACUCGCACGUGCACUUGCUACUCAGUAGUACUGGACUCUCCAGUUGAAGAAGUGGAUGAAGGAGUCCGGUUUGUCUUUGAAGCAGCGUCUGAUUGCGGCAUCGUUCACGGAUCCCUAUACUCUUGCCUUCGGGCAGUAUUUGGCCUAUCUGUAGCUGGAGUCCUUGUAUCAGUUUUUACAUGCAUGCUUGGCUACCAGUUACUCUGUCACGAACGCAAGAAUAUGUACUGGGAACAGUUGGAACUUCGCUGUCGAUCUCUCUAUACAGGUCAGCCCCCACCUCCAGGUGUUCCUCCUGGAGCAGGACCUUCAAUUAUCGGUACUCCUCGUGGAGGUCCGUGUCGAUGCUGCGAACAAUGCCAUUCCCAUCGUGGUGCAAUGCCUUCAGCUUACCCUUGGGACGGGGAUGCUCGAUUUUGGACACCCGGACAAGCAGGAAACUUCUAUUCACCCAAUCCGGGUGGGGAUGAGCUUGUGGGUGGUGUGAGGACUUUGGGUCAAGUACCAGGUCAGAGAAAUCGCGCACCAGGCGGAUGGAGUUGGCCUCGAAUGCCAUGGCAGCGAAAUGAACCACAACGCUUCCGACAGACACCUUCAAGUCCAGACUCUCAAUACGGUUUCAGCAACACACCUGCCGUGGAAGCUAAUCAGAAUAAUCCUGCGGCAAAUGGUGGAUAUAGUGUUAUUGGAGGACCUCCAUAUGGAGUAUGGGGUCCUCCACCACCCUACAGUGAUCCCAACAGUCCCGCACGACGGGGACGGUAUCAGUACAUUCAUCCUAAUGCUUGUCAGCAAAUCAUAGAGCCGCAGCAACAACCAAAUCUGGCCAUUUUAGAAUGUCACCAGCAUAGUUCUUCCACAGACAGUCAUUCAAUGGAACCAUUCUGUCCACAGCAACAAGCCCACCGCAAUUUGCUGAAGCGACAGACUCAAGCGACAGCUUUCAAGACCAAGGACAACUAUGAAAAUACUCCGUCAGAUAGCGACGGGCCAAGGGAUCGCUUUUCCAAUACUCUACCCGUGAGGAAAACAAAGAAAAGGGUGGAAAUGGGCGCUAAGAGUAUUGGUCCGAAUCAACCAGUUACGAGGAUCAAUAUUCAGAAUGUUUUCAGUGGUCAACCGCAGGACCUUAUGCAUGCCAGUGAAAAUGAAUACCAUGAACCAGGAGCUUCUACUUCGGCAGAUCCGGGCCAAUUACCUAAUACAAGCCACGCCAAGACUAGGCGCAUCAAGACUGGGGUUGAGAAUACGGGCUUUCAGACUCAAGUGGACCCUUCUAUGGUUGAAAAUCACGAGAAUAGUGGGAGUGGAAGUGGAAAUGGAAUGAAGGCUCUUGAACCAACGGAAUCCGAAGUAUAUUUCGCUGAUGUUAGCAGUUGCUGCAAUAUUUCCGUGAAGAAUGACAACUACUACGAAGAUGCUAAUCAAAGACGGAAGGAAUUGAAGGAGGCUAAGGAAGAUCCUGAAGACUAUUUGGUGCAACGAUUUGGAAAACGUGAAACUAGUAUUCGGAGUCGUUUGCCCUUCCCACAGAUGAUACCCGAAGACUAUGUUGAGAAACGCAUGGUGGUGGCUCCACCAAGACCUUCCUUGAUGCACAAAGAUAUAUCCCGACAAAGCAUGUGUUCCGCGGAUUCGGGCGAAAAGACUGAUUUUACUGAUCUCUCCCCGGCCACACCGAGUUCUAACUUUAGCGGAGCUUUAGUGGCACCGGGAACGAGUACAGGAAGCGCCUACAGAGACUUUGCUGAGUCUUCCACGACGAAUUUCGUUGCAUCCUUCCCGUAUUCGUCAAAUGAACAGAGUCAGGAGGCACAUAGGAGGUCGACAAAAAACCUCCAACAGGAUGUUUUUCUAGCACCUGAUGCCCAGUACGAGAUAAUCAAGGAGACCAAUCAAUUUGAAAAUACACCAUUGACACUGGGGUAUGAUCAUCAUCAUGCAGAAAUGGGAAAUUAUUCCAAACAGCCACACUUUCACAAACCAAAAUCUCCCAAGAAUCUCAAUAUAACACCCAUCAAGAGACAGAAUAUUGGCACAAAUAUCAGUGCAAUCAUCCAAAAUUUAGGUGGAAGUGAUGUUGGAUUGCUCUAUCCUGACAAUAGGAGGGAAUCGGACUUGCUAGAAGUUGGUAGUGGAGGUCCUGAUAUCCAGCAAUCAGCCAUCAUUGGAAAAUCCGACAGUGACUGGAAUUCCGAUCACGGCGAUCGACGAUUGUGAAAGGAGAUUUUUGUGUGAGCAACCUCUAAGUUAGAGAUAGUUAAUGAAGAAAUUACUGAAUUGUAGGUAGUAAAUGUGAUUUUUGUCACAAAGUCCCCCCAUGCAAGUUUUCCUAAAACAUCCAUCCCCCUAUAAUCAACCUCAAAAUGUGUACAGAAUGAAAAUUACUCUGUUUCAGAACUUUGUUAUAAGAAAAUUUACUGAAAUUCUCUAUUAUAGUGCUUGUUAUUGAAUGGUUCAAACAUUUUCCAAGAUAAUUUCACCAAUUUGAUGGGCUAAGCUAAAGUCUUGCUACUCGUAAACCCAUUCCUUCUCCUAUUUCGACUGGAAGGAAUAAAAAUCAAUGGGGGAAAUAUGUGAAGACGAAAAAACACCCCAGACGGACAAUAAUAAAUUAACCAUUGAAAUAGGUGAAGUUUCAGAAGCAAAAAAAUCCAUUAGUGUAUUUUUCUAGUUGAAUGGAAAUGGAAGAAAACAAAAUGAAAAGAAGAAUAUGAAAUGAAAAUUGAGUUUUCACCUCAAGUUUGUCGUUUUGUUCACUUCAAUGUUUGUUGGACUCUCUUCUAAUUGUUUACGUGAUUUCCGUAAAAAGUAGACAAUUUAAAUUGAAAAAAUAUACAUUAGUACAAUUGUUUUUUUUAUAAUUACUUCAGUUUCUUAAACAUUCGUUUGACUUCUACCAAAGCAAAACCUAGUUUUGCUCAAUUUAAACUGAAAGA